AUGAACCAUACUCCCAAAAAUGCAGGUGAAGAUAAAAUAAUUAAAAUUCACAAGUACAAAACUUCUGAUGAUAAUAAAGAAAAUUAUUUGCAAUAUAAUGUUGAAAACGUUGAACGAAGAAAUCGUAGCAAGAGGCUUAAUUUUGGUCAAAUGUUUAUAAGACAUUCUUUACCGGCGCUUAAAUUACAUCCACAAUAUUUUAAAACUAAGUUUACAAAAUCUGAAAUUCGAGCAUUGCAUCGUCCAACAAUUCAAGUUCCAGUCGGAGAAAUAAGGUCAGAUAAUGGUGAAAAAAGGUGGACAAAAGAAUAUAUAACUGAUCCUUCAGUAAUUAAUGCGUAUAUUCGUCAAAGACAAGUUAUUGAAGAACAAACAUUAAAUACUGAAACGUUGGAGCCAACCAAUGAUGAAGAAAGAAACGAACGAUUAAAAAAGAGAAUUCAAGAUCAGUUGGCUAGAUUAAAACGAAAUCAAGAGAGACGCCAGCAACGUCUGGCUGUUCGUGAAGCUAAAAAAGCUGCCAAAUUAUCUGCUGCUGGUAACGUUACUUCUGCAUCAUCUAUCGUUAAAGAAAAGAAGACUGAAACAACAAGACGAUGUGGAAAUUGUGGAGCUUUAGGUCAUAUGAAAACAAACAAGAAAUGUCCAUUAUAUAAUACUAAAAAAGCUGCCAAAUUAUCUGCUGCUGGUAACGUUACUUCUGCAUCAUCUAUCGUUAAAGAAAAGAAGACUGAAACAACAAGACGAUGUGGAAAUUGUGGAGCUUUAGGUCAUAUGAAAACAAACAAGAAAUGUCCAUUAUAUAAUAGUAAUAAUAUUCCGUCGGAAUCUUCUACAACCACUAAAAGAAUUUUGACGACAACAGCAGGGUUUGAACCUGCGCUCCCAAUGGGAAUCAGAUUUCAAGUCUGA